AACAGCUGAUUUCUCAUUCACUGCUGCAUGUAAACAAGAGCAGGCGGAGAAGAGAUUGUUUCUGUUCAGAAAAAGUGAAACUAUUUGACAGCUAACACUGAGAGGUGAAAUGGCGCAGCAAGAACAUUUGCUUGACCAAAAGAAAUUCAGAUGUUCAAUCUGUCUGGAUCCACUGAAGGAACCGGUGACUGUUCCCUGUGGACACAACUACUGCAUGAACUGUAUUCAUCGCCACUGGGAUGGAGAGGAUGAGAAUCAAAUAUACAGCUGCCCAGUGUGUAGACACAACUUUGCACCAAGGCCUGUCCUGGUGAAAAACACCUUGCUUGCAGAGUUAAUGGAGGAACUGAAGGAGACUGGACUCCAAGCUGCUCCUGCUGAUCACUGCUAUGCUGGAGCUGAAGAUGUGGCCUGUGAUUUCUGUACUGGGAGAAAACUGAGAGCCUUGAAGUCCUGUCUGCAGUGUGUGGCCUCUUACUGUGAGAAACACCUCCAGCCUCAUUAUGAAUCACCUGCCUUUAAGAAACACAAGCUGGUGGAGCCCUCCAAGAAGCUCCUGGAGAGCAUGUGCUCUCGCCAUGAGGAGGUGAAGAAGAUGUUCUGCCGCACUGAUCAGCAGUGUAUCUGUUAUUUCUGCUCUAUGGACGAACACGAAGGCCACGAUACAGUUUUGGCUGCAGCGGAAAGGACUGAGAGGCAGAAAGAGCUGGAAGGGAGUCGACUAAACAUCCAGCAGAGAAUCCAGGACAGAGAGAAGGAGGUGAAGCUGCUUCAGCAGGAGGCAGAGGCCAUCAAUGGCUCUGCUGAUAAAGCAGUGGAGGACAGUGAGAUCUGUAAAGAGCUGAUCCGCUUCAUGGAGAAAAGAAGCUCUGAUGUGAAGCAGCAGGUCAGAUCCAAGCAGGAAACUGAAGUGAGUCGAGUCAAAAAGCUUCAGGAGAAGCUGGAGCAGGAGAUCUCCAACCUGAAGAAGAGAGACGCUGAGCUGCAGAAGCUCUCUCACGCAGAGGAUCACACCCACUUUCUGCUCAACUACGCUUCACUGUCAGCACUCAGUGAACCUACACUCUCAUCCAGCAUCAACGUCCGUCCUCUGCGCUACUUUCAGGACGUGACGGCGGCUGUGUCAGAAGUCAGAGAUAAACUACAGGACGUCCUGAAGAAUACGUGGACCAACAUCUCACUGAUGGUGAGUGAAGUGGACGUUUUACUGUCUCCACCAGACCCAAAGACCAGAGCUGGAUUCUUAAAAUAUUCACGUGACAUCACUCUGGAUCCAAACACUGCAAACACACAGCUGCUAUUAACUGAGGGGAACAGGAAAGCAACAUUCACGAGUCAACGCCAGAUAUAUUCAAGUCACCCAGACAGAUUCACUUCAUGGACUCAGGUCCUAGGUAAAGAAAGUCUGACUGGUCGUUGUUACUGGGAAGUGGAGUGGAGUGGGAUGGGAGUUUGUGCAGCAGUUGCAUACAAGAACAUCAGCAGAGCAGGGGGUUGGGAGGAAGGUGUGUUUGGAUACAAUGAUAAAUCUUGGACGUUAUAUUCUGACAUUGACAGUUAUACCUUUCGGUUCAACAACAUCAAAACUCCCGUCUCAGGUCCUCGGUCCUCCAGAGUUGGAGUGUAUCUGGAUCACGAUGGAGGUAUUCUGUCCUUCUACAGCGUCUCUGAAACCAUGACUCUCCUCCACAGAGUCCAGACCACUUUCACUCAGCCGCUCCACGCUGGACUUCGGUUUAAAUUAUUCACUUUUGGUGCCACUGCAAAGUUCUGCAACCUCAAGUAGGCAGAACUCAUUUAAGUCCAGCUCAGUCGGCAUGUCAAAUGUUGGCAUUCUACACUUCUGCAAAACAUGGACACGUUGAGUUUCAACAUUUUAGAUUUUGAUAGUGCAAUUAUGUUAAGCCAAUUAACUUGUGGGUAAAAUAACUACUGAGGUACUGAAGUACGAAGAAGUAUUGUGUUUGGUGUUCCUGCAAGAAUGAAACUCUGCUGAUUUUAGAACAUAUUUUUGGCUCAGAAACUUUAACUUCACUUUAUCUGGAGCUUUCCUAAAACCUACAAUAUCAACAUUUGUUCUGGGAUUUUUAAGUGACAGCAGGUGGAAUUCUGUUUAACUUUAGAACUUAUUCAGACUCCAUGUUUGUUGCUGACAGCUGAUAGUUGUGGCAUUUCUUCACAUUGAAACGCCUCGAUUGGACUGCUUUGUUUACUUAUGUAACAUAAUGACAUUGUUGAACAUUAAAGCAUGUAAACAUGUCACAAUAGAGGAGCAACACACAAAUAUGAACCUGAAAAUGAUCAUUAUAGGGCCUCUUUAAGAAGAAAGCAUCCAACCUUCUUUAUCCUGGAUACUUAGUUUUUUCUUUGUGUGCAUUUUUAAAGAAAUGUAUAAUCACAUGUAUGUGUUGUUACGCUGCGUCCACACUACAGCGUCGACAGCUUCAAAAACGGUUUCCAACGCGUCUACCCAUUCACUUUGAAUGGGGUGACGUCACGUUGCCUCGCUUUUUGCCGAACU